AAUCAUUCAUUCACAACAGAUCUCACUUAAGCCACACAAGUCUCAUCUUUUCUACACAAGUUAACUCUCAUGGCUCAGACAACUCUAGUUCACACUUCCUGUCUGUUAUUCUUCUUCUUCUUGUUGGCUGAUCUCGCAUGUUGCAAAGAGAUUCUGGUCGGGGGCAAACCCAGCGCCUGGAAAAUCCCUUCUUCACCUUCUGAUUCACUCAACAAAUGGGCUGAGAGUUUGCGGUUUCACGUCGGCGAUUCUCUCGUGUGGAAGUACGAUGGGGGAAAAGACUCGGUUCUGCAAGUGACUAAAGAAGCCUACAUUAAUUGCAACACCACAAACCCAGCAGCCAAUUACAGCAAUGGAGACACCAAGGUGAAGCUAGAUAGAUCUGGUUCUUUCUUCUUCAUCAGCGGCACCAAGAGCAACUGUGUGGAAGGCGAGAAGCUUCACAUUGUUGUCAUGUCCUCCUCUCGUGGUGGUGGCCACACCGGUGGUUUCUUCACCGGCUCAGCUCCUUCUCCCGCGCCUUCUUCUCAUGCUCUUUCGGGAGCUCCAGCUGUUUCCCCUGCAACCGGUUCUGCUAAUUCUUUGAAUAGACGAAUUGGAGUUUUGGGAUUUGUUGGAUUAGCAGUUGUUUUGCUCUGCCUCUGAUUUUACCAGUAGACUCUGUUUAGAUUUUCAUCUCUGCUUUAAUAUUCUUUUCUCCCCCAAUGAGAAUGAUGAGUUAUUUUGGCCUUUUGACAAUGGUGUAUUUCCGAAUAUAUUAGACGAACUUCUAAAGAGAUUAUGAGAAA